UCGCGAAUUGGUGCCUGGAAGAAAAAUGUGGCAAAUAGUUCUAGGCUGACAUAUUCCCAUUUAUUUUUUAUUUCUCUCUGUUGUUCUGGACAGAAUGUAAAUUCUGGUUGUCUUUUUUUUUUUGAGAUUUUGGCUUAUUUAUCCUAUUAUUUCUGGAUAGCAAGCCUUUGAAGAAAGAUGAUUUUCCAUUGAGGAUGUCUUCAUUUUUUAAAAUCUUAAAAAAAAAAAAAAAAAAAAACAAAAUCAAUGUUAUCACGGUAAAACAGAAUGAAACGACAUGUUUACAUGCGUGUCCUCCCAAAGUUUUGUCUGUUUGCUUUGUUCAGGAAUAUGUUUUGCCAUAUCAAGGUCCCAAACUGCAAAUUUUUUUAUUAGUAGAAUUUUAGUGGUUGGAAAUUUGGGUGGUGGUUCUAUGGAAAGACCAGUUGAGAAUCCCUGAUUUAAAGUACACCAAGAUCUAGUAAUAAAACCCAUUGCAAAUGUAAACAAAGACAGAAUAAUGCUUACAAGGGUUUGUUUUGGUGGACCUCUAGGCAGGACACGUGUUAUUACAUGUGGCCUAUAUUUAUAAAUAUUGGUUGUAAAUAUUGGCAGAAAUUGUCCUAUUUGCUGAUACUAAUAAAUAACUUUAUAAGACAAUAUCUGCUGAUACUGAUAUGCUGAUGAUAUGCAUCUUUAAAAUGUUAGGACUAAACAUGUUGAAUUUGAUAGUAGGGAUUGCCUUCCUGGCCUGCCUCACUUUUUUUCACUUGAUAUUCUGCAAUCAUAUUAGGUGAACUGCUUGUAUUAAGGCUUAUUGAUGCAUUUGAACCAGUGCAUCCACAGAGGAGAGGUGGUAGUGGACCUCUUAUCACUCUUGGCAUUGAUGUCAUUGUAAAGCCUUGUAAUUUUGUCUUUUUAUUUAGAAAAUGAGUAUUAAACUUAUAACUUGUUUGGCUAGUUUAACUAUCAGUUGUAACAUUUUCACUCAAAUUUGAAUGAGCAUGUUAAUUACAAUACUAACUAAUUUAAGCUAUGUGUUCAUAUUUUCUUCAUAGUUGGUUGAUUUUACAAGCAGAAGUGGGCUCAGAGAAGUAACUAUUCUGAACAGAAAAAUAUGCUGCCCUUAGAAAGUGACAUAGGAGAGCAGCUGUAACAGCCAGCAGCCUUUAAAAUAUUUACUUUUCUUUCAUUUUUCAGGACUUCAUCCUGGCAUCUUAUACCCUUUGCUUUGAGUUGGUAAAUAUCUCACAAACUAAAUGCUGUUAUUUCUCCCCAACCCUUAAUCUCAGUUGUCAUGCUCAAAACAGGACGACAGCUGAUGCGGUGACAGAGGUCCAGAUGUAUUGAUGCUUCGUCACACGAUCUUCCACCAUCUGUUGGUAAGGUGCCGGUCUACUUUAUUUAGCAGAGUCACUUCUCAACCUUGACCCCAUUCUGUCUUUGUCUUUGUAGUAGCAAAGGAAUCUGCAACACAGGGGGACUUGUGAAUGCAAAGAUUUAUGUAAAUAAAUCACAAGAAAUUAGUGAGAUCAUGAUCUGAUAUUUGAGUGGAUAUAGUACAGGACAACUGUAGAAUCUUUGCAUACAUGCAGUAGAGUUAAGAUGUGCAGACGAAGGAUUGGUGUAAUAUUGGAUUGUAUUAAGACAUGUAAUUAAAGAAAUGAUGGAUUUUGUGUCAUCUGACCUGAAUUCAUUUCCAGGUUGAAUUAAUCCAUCCAGGUCCUGGCAUGAAUGAAUAAAACAAGUCAUUCAAGUUAGUGAAUGGGCCGUCUCCAGUCAAUGAAGGUGAAUGGCACUUAAAAUGGACAUGAGUGGGAAAAUCUGCGUCACAGAAACGUCACCAAUUCAGUCUGCCCAUGCUCCAUCUGUCUGACUUCCUAUCUCCAUUUGAUCUCAUCAGCUGUCACUUUAACAUGAAACAUGACAGUUUUAUCACUAAAGUUUGACUAUUCAACUAUAUACAGCCCUUAGUCCAACAUCAAAACAGUAAAAUCAAUCUUGUAUAAGCUGGUUUUGUGCUCAAAUGUAAACAAACAGCUGUUUUCCUUACAGGUUGGUUUGGGGCUUCUCUGCUGUUAAUGAGAUAAACGGCUCGUGCGUCCUCCUUUAAUCCUGUUUGAGGUCCAGGGAGGUCAUCCCUCAGAUCUCCAUAAGAACAGACAGACACAAAGCAUAGGUGUGCACAAGUACUUUAGCUGGAACGCUGGGAGCAAUGCAACAAAUGGACUCUACAACCUGCAGCUUUCUCAUAUGAUACUAUCAGCUUACUGUAUCAGUUAAAAGGCGUUAAGAAAAAGCCUAAUUUCUGCUACGUAUCAAAGGAGGAAGCCCAACAACUGCUCAUUUUGGUCAUGGAUUCCAUCAUGUCUCUGGGUGCCCCUCUGAAGCAGUUCACCAGCUGUGUGUCGGGUAAAAAUGCCCCCGCUAAAAGGAGCCAGUCUGUCCGCAGAAACAGCUUCACCCGUAGGAAGAGCGUCAGCAGGAGGAGAAGCCUUCCCUGCAGCAGUCAGAAAGUGCCGGACUCCUGGCUGCGAAUAUACCAGGCUGAGUUAAAGAAAGAAAGGAAACGACAGCAAGCCAAUCUUGCCAAGAAGAACGCGGAGAGAACAGUCAGAAGAACUCACUUCAGAAGCCACCACUGCCUCCCAAGGCAGACCGCAUCUGCCAGAAAGUCAGCCCCGGUGAAGGACGAGUCCUUCUUUGGAGCCUUCCAAGGCCUCAGUCUGGACAGCAUGAUGGGAGGCAGUACUGGAUCUCCUGGCAUAGCUGCUACAUCUGCUGCAGGUGGAGAUCCAUGCAAAGUGAUGUGACACCACAUUUUAAGGACAUAUAGACUGUUGAAAUGAUCUUUAAAAUCCAAAUACUUGAAGGAGAGAAGGCUUAUGGAACAAAGGUGACAAAAAGGCAGGUUUCAAAACAAGAAAUGGUGGAAUGCAAACAAAACUUCUACUUUGAUUUCUUUAGACUAUCUCCUUAGAGAAUAUUACUUUCACUUGAUACCUCAACAGUUCUGCAGGUUUUACUUUGUAUCCAUCUUUGCACUACUUCUGUUUACUGUUUUUAAAUGUUAUACACACUUAUUUGUAUUAAAGCAAUUUUAUUCAUCCAUUGUCCUCAAUCCUGAAAAUAAAAAUUGUUUGAAUGGGUUGCAAUGCAAUUAAAAACUAGUACAAUCAAGUAUGAUUCGUGGAACAGGCCUAAAACAUCGCCAUUUUUUGCUAAUUCAUGAAAAAUGGCUGGUUUCCUGUUGGGGUUAGGGUUUUGCUCCAGGAAACUUUAUUGUGGAUCUCCUCAAGUUGAGUCUGCCCUCCAAGUUUCAGGUCAAGCAUGAAUGGUAGCACUAUUGAGGCAAUUCCUUAGGGCCAUUUGUGAAACCUUUAUCAACCUUGUGUUUUUUAGACCACACGUGUGCUGAUUUUCUUUAGUUUUUGAGCAUGUGAAGGGGCCCAAAGGGGGAGGGGGUUGGUGAUGAAAAUAAUGAGGAACCUGAAUGAUUCGAAUACAUCUCUCUAUUGGUCUAUGGCAGUAGGGUUUAUCAGUAUUUUCUUUUAUAAAGAAAAAAUGUACAUUGUAUUUUAAGUAAUUACACAUCUUCAAAAUUGCAAAAAAUACUCUUAAGU